CUGUUUACAAAACAUCUUCUUUGGCAUCUCCUCGCUUUCCAACUACAACUUCUCAAUUUAUCACAAUGAGACCAGAGGUACAACAGGAAUUAUCCCACAUUCUUUUGACAGAGCUUUUGGCUUAUCAAUUUGCUUCGCCUGUCAGAUGGAUUGAAACACAAGAUGUCUUCUUGAGAGACUACAACACCGAAAGAGUUGUUGAAAUCGGGCCUUCCCCAACUCUAGCUGGUAUGGCCACCAGAACAAUUAAAGCCAAAUUUGAAUCAUACGACGCUGCUUUGUCUUUACAAAGAGAAGUCUUAUGUUACUCAAAGGACCAAAAGGAGAUCUACUACACUCCAGAUGCUGCUGAUUUGGCUGAACCAGAGCCGGCUCCAGCUCCAGCUGCCGCCACUCCAGCGCCUGCUGCUGCCGCUGCUGCUGCUGCUCCAGCUGCUGCUGCUGCUCCAGCUCCAGCUCCAGCUGCUUCAGGCCCUGUUGCUGAUGUUGCUGAUGAGCCAAUCACCGCUGGCUUGGUCUUACACACACUAGUUGCUCACAAAUUGAAGAAGGCCUUGAAUGAUAUUCCAAUGUCCAAAGCUAUCAAGGACUUGGUUGGUGGUAAGUCCACUGUUCAAAAUGAAAUUCUAGGUGACUUGGGUAAAGAAUUCGGUACUACCCCUGAGAAGCCAGAAGACACUCCAUUACAAGAGUUAGCAGACCAAUUCCAGGACACCUUUAAUGGAAGUUUGGGUAAGCAAACCUCUUCUUUGGUCGCUAGACUGAUGUCCUCAAAAAUGCCUGGUGGUUUCUCUGUUGGUGCUGCAAGAAAAUACUUACAAUCGAGAUGGGGCUUUCAAUCUGGUAGACAAGACGCCGUUUUGUUACAUGCCUUAACGAACGAACCAGCUCAAAGAUUAGCUACCGAAGCUGAUGCCAAAGCAUUCUUCGACACAAUGACUCAAAAGUAUGCUGCUUCCGAAGGUUUGUCCCUUUCAUCUGCUGCAUCCGCUGCUGCCUCUGGCGGUGCUGGCGGUGCUGUCAUUGAUUCAACUGCCUUAGAUGCUGUCACCAAGGAGUCAAAGGAAUUGGCACGUCAACAAUUGCAAACUUUAGCAAGAUAUUUGAAGCUUGACCUAACUAAGGGCGACAGAUCUCUUAUCAAAGAGAAGGAAGCUUCAAAAGUUUUACAAGCUGAAUUGGACUUGUGGGCCGAAGAACAUGGUGAGUUCUACGCUUCUGGUAUUAAACCAGUUUUCUCACCUCUUAAGGCCAGAACUUAUGACUCCUACUGGAACUGGGCUAGACAGGAUGCCUUAUCUAUGUACUUUGACAUUAUUUUCGGCAAGUUGACUUCUGUCGACAGAGAAACUGUUACACAAUGUAUUAACAUCAUGAACAGAGCAAACCCAACGCUGAUCAAAUUCAUGCAAUACCACAUUGACCAUACUCCAACAGAAAAGGGUGAAACUUAUGAUCUAGCCAAAAAAUUAGGUCAGCAAUUAAUUGACAACUGUUCCGAGAUGCUUACAAAGAAACAAAACCCAGUCUACAAGGAUGUUUCUUACCCAACUGGUCCAAAAACUUCUGUUGAUGUCAAAGGUAACGUUAACUACGAUGAAGUUCCAAGGGAUGCAUGUAGGAAGUUCGAGCAAUAUGUUUACGAAAUGGCACAAGGUUGUGCCUUGACCAAAGAAGAGAAGCCAACCAUCGAGGAAGAUUUGGCUAAUGUUUACAAGGCUUUAUCUAAGCAAGCCACAUCCGAGAACCAAUUGAAGAUUGAAACUUUAUACAAGCAAUUGAUUGAAUUUGUUGGAAAGAACUCAGAAAUUGAAGUUUCUAAGACUACCACUUCAAUUUUAGAUACCGCAUCUGAUGAGGGUGAUGAAACCGAUGAAAUUGCUUCAUUGAAGGAUUUCAAUGAAAUCAACAAGCCUGUUUCAUCUAGUAUUCCACCAGAAACAAUUCCAUUCCUUCACAUCAAGAGCAAGACUAGACUUGGAUCUUGGGUUUAUGAUAAGGCUAAAUCAUCAGCAUUUUUGGAUGGUUUAGAAAAAUCAGCUGUCAAUGGUAUUUCCUAUAACGGCAAGUAUGCCUUAAUCACCGGUGCUGGUGCUGGUUCUAUCGGUGCUGAAGUCAUGCAAGGCUUAUUAUCCGGUGGUGCCAAAGUUGUUGUUACCACUUCCAGAUUUUCCAAGAAGGUCACUGAAUACUACCAAUCUCUGUACUCCAGAUUUGGUGCUUCAGGUUCCACUUUGGUUGUCGUUCCAUUCAACCAAGGUUCCAAACAAGAUGUUGAAGCCUUAGUCAACUUUAUUUAUGACGAUGUCAAGAAGGGUGGCCUUGGUUGGGACUUAGACUAUGUUAUUCCUUUUGCUGCAAUUCCUGAAAUGGGUAUUGAGGUUGAAAACCUGGGUUCUAAGUCUGAACUGGCUCACAGAAUUAUGUUGACCAACUUGUUGAGAUUAUUAGGAGAAGUUGCAAGUCACAAGAGAGUUAAUAAUGUUCAAACUAGACCUGCUGAAGUUAUUCUUCCAUUAUCUCCAAACCACGGUACUUUCGGUUCUGAUGGUUUAUACUCCGAAUCUAAGUUAGCUUUGGAGACCUUAUUCAACAGAUGGCACUCUGAAUCCUGGUCAUCUUUCUUGACCAUUUGUGGUGCUGUCAUUGGUUGGACAAGAGGUACUGGUUUAAUGUCCGGUAACAACAUGAUUGCAGAAGGUAUCGAAAAGUUAGGUGUAAGAACUUUCUCCCAAAAGGAAAUGGCUUUCAACAUUUUAGGUUUAAUGACUCCUGAAGUUGUUAGAAUGUGUGAAGAUGGUCCAGUUAUGGCUGAUUUGAAUGGUGGUUUACAAUUCAUUGAAAACUUGAGAGAGUUUACUAAUGAGCUUAGAACUGACAUCAACAACACUUCUGACAUUAGAAGAGCUGUUUCAAUAGAAACUGCAAUUGAACAUAAGGUUGUUAACGGUGAAAAUGCGGACGCUCCAUUCAACAAAGCUAACAUUGAUCCAAAGGCUAACAUGAAGUUCGAGUUCCCUGAAUUACCAUCUUAUUCCUCUGUCAAGUCCAGAGCUCCUGAGUUAGAAGGCAUGUUAGACUUGGACAGAGUUGCUGUUGUCACUGGUUUUGCUGAAGUCGGUCCAUGGGGUAACUCUAGAACUAGAUGGGAAAUGGAAGCCAACGGUGAGUUCUCCUUAGAAGGUUGCAUUGAAAUGGCCUGGAUCAUGGGUUUCAUCAAGUAUUUCAAUGGUAAUAUCAAGGGUAAGCAAUACACUGGUUGGGUUGAUAGUAAGACCAGCCAACCAGUUGCUGAUAUUGAUAUCAAGAAGAAGUACGAAGACCAAAUUUUGGAGCACACUGGUAUUAGAUUGAUUGAACCAGAAUUAUUCCAUGGUUAUGAUCCUAACAAGAAGGAAUUUAUUCAAGAAGUUGUUAUUCAACAUGACCUGGAGCCAUUUGUCACUGAUAAACCUACUGCUCUGCAAUACCAAUUACAACAUGGUGAAUUAGUUGAGAUUUUCCCAGAUGAAUCUGGUGAAGAAUAUACCGUCAAGAUCAUGAAAGGUGCCAAGUUGUAUAUCCCUAAGGCAUUGAGAUUUGACAGAUUAGUUGCUGGUCAAAUUCCAACUGGUUGGAAUGCAAAGAACUAUGGUAUUUCUGAUGAUAUCAUCGAUCAAGUGGAUCCAAUUACUUUGUACGUUUUGGUUGCUACUGUUGAAGCAUUAUUGAGUGCCGGUGUUACCGACCCAUACGAGUUCUACAAGUAUGUUCACGUUUCUGAAGUCGGUAAUUGUUCUGGUUCUGGUAUGGGUGGUGUCUCUGCUUUGAAGGGUAUGUUCAAGGAUAGAUUCAAAGACUUACCGGUUCAGAAUGAUAUUUUACAAGAAUCUUUUAUCAACACAAUGUCUGCAUGGGUUAACAUGUUGCUAUUGUCAUCAUCUGGUCCAAUCAAGACACCAGUUGGUGCAUGUGCAACUGCCUUGGAAUCCGUUGAUGUCGGUGUUGAGACAAUCAUGUCAGGUAAGGCUAAAAUUGUUUUAGUUGGUGGUUAUGAUGACUUUCAAGAAGAAGGCUCAUAUGAGUUCGGUAAUAUGAAUGCUACUUCCAAUGCUGUUGACGAGUUUGCGCAUGGUAGAACCCCAUCUGAAAUGUCUAGACCUGCUACUACCAGUAGAAAUGGUUUCAUGGAAGCUCAAGGUUCAGGUAUACAAGUUGUUAUGACUGCCUCCCUAGCUUUACAAAUGGGUGUUCCAAUCUAUGCUAUCAUUGCAAUGACUUCCACUGCAACAGAUAAGAUUGGUAGAUCGGUUCCAGCACCAGGUAAGGGUAUCUUAACCACUGCCAAGGAAUAUCACGGUGAAAGCAAGUACACUUCUACAAAAAUGGAUAUCAAAUACAGAUCCAGACAAUUAAAGAAUAGAGUUGCACAGGUCAAGGCCUGGACUGAAUCUGAACUGGAAUACAUUCAAGAAGAGGCAGAAUCUUUGGCCACCUCCGAUGCUUCAUUCGACAGAACUGAAUUUUUGAAGGAAAGAACUGAAGAAAUUGAAAGAGAUGCUACCAGACAAAUCAAAGAUGCUCAAAGGUCUUACGGUAAUGAAUUCUGGAAAAAUGAUCCAAGAAUCGCUCCUCUCAGAGGUUCGUUAGCAACAUUCAACUUGACUGUUGACGAUUUGGGGGUUUGUUCUUUCCACGGUACCUCUACUAAGGCCAACGAUAAGAACGAGUCUGCAACCAUUGAUAAGAUGAUGGAACAUUUAGGUAGAACUGAAGGUAACCCAGUUUAUGGUGUUUUCCAGAAAUACCUGACUGGUCAUCCAAAGGGUGCUGCCGGUGCAUGGAUGUUGAAUGGUGCAAUUCAAAUCCUAAACUCCGGUACUGUUCCAGGUAACAGAAACGCAGACAAUAUUGAUAAGAUUUUAGAAGAUUUCAAAUAUGUUUUGUUCCCAUCUAGAACUAUUCAAACAGACGGCAUUAAAGCAGUUUCUAUUACCUCUUUUGGUUUCGGUCAAAAGGGUGGUCAAGCUGUUGUUGUUCAUCCAGAAUAUUUGUUUGCAUCUUUGUCCAGGGACGAAUAUGAAUCCUAUGCUGCUAAGGUUAAUUCAAGACAUAAGAAGUCUUAUGCAUACAUCCAUAAUGCUAUUAUCAACAACACUAUGUUUGUUGCUAAGGACCAUGCUCCAUAUACCGACGACCAAGAGCAAAAGGUUUACUUGGAUCCAUUAGCAAGAGUUUCAUUGGAUGGUACCAACAAGUACACUUUCACCGACAAGGAAUUGCAAAGAGCUGGAAAGUAUGUCUCUGAAUCUGCAGGUAAAACUGCCGAUAUUCUAAGCAAGUUGACUUCACAACAUGCUGGUUCUAAGGGUGUUGGUGUUGAUGUCGAAUUGAUCUCUGAAAUCAACAUUGACAAUGAGACUUUCAUUGAAAGAAACUUCACUGUUGAAGAAAUCAAAUACUGCAAUGCUGCUGCAAACCCAAGAUCCUCAUUUGCAGGUGCUUGGUCUGCCAAAGAAGCUGUGUUCAAGUCUUUAGAAGUUGAUUCUAAGGGUGCUGGUGCCUCUUUGAAGGAAAUUGAGAUUUUGCACGAUGAUAAGGGGGCCCCAAUUGUCAAGUUGGCUGGUGCUGCUCAAACUGCAGCUUCAAAGAGCGGUGUCAAGAACGUCAAAGUUUCAAUCUCUCACGACGAUGUCCAAUCCAUCGCUGUUGCAAUUUCUGAGUUUUAAUUGUUAUUCUUUCAUAUAGUUUAAAUAAAAUAUGCAA